AUGAGCUGCUGCUGCUCCCCUUGCUGCUCCCCUUGCUGCCAGCCAACUUGCUGCAGAACCACCUGUUGUAGGACCACCUGCUGCCAGCCCACCUGCUGUGGCUCCAGCUGCUGCCAGCCUUGCUGCUGCCCCAGUUGCUGCUACACAACCUGCUGCCGGCCAGCUUGCAGUGGCCCCGUGUACUGCUCAAGAACCUGCUACCAACCAACGUGCUGCUGCGUGCCCGGUUGCCUAGCCAAUAGCUGUGGAACCAGCUGCUGCCAGCCUUGCUGCCAGAACACCUGCUGUGGGUCCAGCUGCUGCCAGCCUUGCUGCCGCCCAGUCUGUUGUCAGACCACCUGCUGUAGGACCACCUGCUGCCGCCCCAGCUGCUGCUGCAGCCCUUGCUGUCUUUCCAGCUGCUGCCGCCCUUCCUGUUGCUACUCCCCGUGCUGCCAGCCAACUUGCUGCAGAACCACCUGUUGUAGGACCACCUGCUGCCAGCCCACCUGCUGUGGCUCCAGCUGCUGCCAGCCUUGCUGCCUUCCAUCCUGCUGUGGCUCCAGCUGCUGCCAGCCUUGCUACUGUCCAUCCUGCUGUGGCUCCAGCUGCUGCCAGCCUUGCUGCUGCCCCAGUUGCUGCUACACAACCUGCUGCCGGCCAGCUUGCAGUGGCCCUGUGUACUGCAUGAGAACCUGCUACCAACCAACGUGCUGCUGCGUGCCUGGUUGCCUAGCCAACAGCUGUGGAACCAGCUGCUGCCAGCCUUGCUGCCAGAACACCUGCUGUGGGUCCAGCUGCUGCCAGCCUUGCUGUCAGAACAUCUGCUGUGGAACCAGUUGCUGCCAGCCUUGCUGCCGCCCAGUCUGUUGUCAGACAACCUGCUGUAGGACCACCUGCUGCCGCCCCACCUGCUGCUGCAGCCCUUGCUGUCUUUCCAGCUGA